GGUCCUGAAGAAUGAAGAUUUGAAAGCAAGGCCAUGGCUAAACACCUGUUCAUUGCCAGGACUGUGAUGGUUCAGGAGGGGAACGUGGAAGGUGCAUACAGAACCCUGAACAGAAUCCUCACUGCCAAUGGGCUUACCGAAGUCAUAAAGCGACGGCGCUACUAUGAGAAGCCCUGCCGCCGCCGCCACCGCCAGUGGGAGAGCCAUGAAGCGUGCCGGAGGAUCUACAACAUGGAAAUGGCUCGAAAGAUUAACUUCUUGAUGCGAAAGAAGCGGGCAGAUCCAUGGCAGGGCUGCUAA